AUAGCCUUGUAGGAUGGACUUGGUCUCUCACCAUAAAUCCUUCUUCUCCGCCAACAUUCUAUACUCUGACAAAUCUCUCAUUUGUCAAUCAAAAUUCUUGUCUCUAACUACCUUCUUUCAAUCUCCGACCAUGAAUAAUUUGAACUCUCAUUCUUAUCUUUGAUUAUAGCUAAUAGAUGUUGCCAUGGUGGAGUAGAGGCAAUAAUAAAGAAUGGCAUCGAUGUCUAGGCAACCUUCAAAGAAGUCUGCACGUAACGGUGGAGGAUCAUCAUCUGGUAGUUCUCAAGGAGCAAAUAACGCGGGCGGGCCCACUGUGAAGUUUGCGAGAAGAACUUCAAGUGGAAGAUAUGUGAGUCUGUCAAGAGAUGACAUGGACAUGUCCUCAGACUUAUCAGGGGACUACAUGAACUACACUGUUCAUAUACCCCCUACCCCAGACAAUCAACCCAUGGACACAUCUGUAGCAAUGAAAGCUGAAGAACAAUACGUUUCCAAUUCUUUAUUUACCGGGGGAUUCAACAGCGUUACCAGGGCGCAUCUAAUGGACAAGGUCAUCGAUUCUGAAGUCACUCAUCCUCAAAUGGCCGGCUCCAAAGGCUCUGCAUGUUCAAUUUGUGAUGGCAGGGUCAUGAGGGAUGAGAGGGGAAAUGAUGUGACUCCAUGUGAGUGUAGGUUCAAGAUUUGUAGAGAUUGCUUUAUAGAUGCACAAAAAGAAUCUGGUAUGUGCCCCGGUUGCAAGGAGCCAUAUAAAGUCGCGGAAUACGAGGAAGACCUCACAGAAUACCCCAACAACGGGGCAUUGCCAUUACCAGCACCAAAUGGUUCCAAACGUAAUUCAAACAUGUCAGUUAUGAAGAGAAAUCAAAAUGGAGAAUUUGACCAUAACAAGUGGUUGUUCGAGACUCAAGGUACCUACGGCGUUGGUAAUGCGUAUUGGCCCCAAGAUGACAUGUACGACGAUGGUGAAGAACCCCUUCCGGGAGGAAUGCUAGAUCCAGAGAAGCCGUGGAAGCCGUUAAGCCGGAUAACGCCAAUUCCAUCAGGCAUCAUGAGUCCUUACAGGUUGAUUAUUGUUGUUCGGUUAGUAGUAUUGUGCUUCUUCCUACACUGGAGAGUGGUACAUCCAAAUGUAGAUGCAGUAUGGUUGUGGCUUAUGUCCAUUAUUUGUGAGAUAUGGUUUGCCUUCUCGUGGAUUCUAGAUCAAAUUCCGAAGCUUCACCCCGUGAAUCGUUCCACCGACCUUGAAGUCCUUCAUGACAAAUUUGAUACUCCAACCCCAUCAAAUCCCUCAGGGCGAUCUGAUCUACCCGGUGUGGACCUCUUCGUGUCCACUGCCGAUCCUGAGAAGGAGCCACCUUUGACCACUGCUAAUACCAUUCUUUCCAUAUUAGCGGUUGAUUACCCUGUUGAGAAGCUUGCGUGCUACGUUUCUGAUGACGGAGGUGCUCUCUUGACUUUUGAAGCCAUGGCUGAAGCUGCCAGUUUUGCCGACUUAUGGGUUCCCUUUUGUCGAAAACACAACAUUGAGCCCAGAAAUCCAGACUCGUACUUCAGCUUAAAAGUUGACCCCACCAAGAACAAAAGCAGACCGGAUUUUGUGAAGGACAGGAGGCGGGUGAAGAGGGAGUACGAUGAGUUCAAGGUACGCAUAAACGGCCUUCCAGAUUCCAUCAGGCGAAGAUCUGAUGCAUUUAACGCCAGAGAGGAAAUGAAGAUGAUGAAGCAUAUGAAGGAGAGUGGGGCUGACCCUUCUGAGCCCGUCAAAGUCUUGAAGGCCACGUGGAUGGCUGAUGGCACUCACUGGCCUGGUACUUGGGCUACUCCUUCUAGUGAACAUUCCAAAAGUGAUCACGCUGGAAUACUUCAGGUGAUGCUAAAGCCGCCGAGUCCUGAUCCGCUACUGGGAAGCGCAGAUGACAAGAUUAUAGACUUCACAGAGGUAGAUACGCGGUUACCGAUGUUUGUAUAUGUUUCUCGAGAGAAGAGGCCAGGCUAUGACCACAACAAGAAAGCUGGUGCCAUGAAUGCAUUAGUUCGAUCAUCUGCAAUUUUGUCGAAUGGGCCAUUUAUUCUGAACCUGGACUGUGACCAUUACAUCUACAACUGCAAGGCGGUGCGGGAAGGCAUGUGCUUCAUGAUGGACAGAGGAGGUGAGGACAUAUGCUAUAUCCAGUUCCCGCAGAGGUUCGAAGGCAUCGACCCCUCGGAUCGCUAUGCCAAUCACAACACCGUCUUCUUCGACGGAAACAUGCGAGCCCUGGACGGCGUUCAAGGUCCAAUGUACGUGGGAACUGGAUGCAUGUUCAGGCGGUUUGCCCUGUACGGAUUCGACCCACCCUUUGCGGACAAGGAUGACAAGAAAGAUCCUAAAAAGAAUAGUGAAGAAGGUCAUCAAGGCAAUGAAACGCCGGCCAUGAAUGCCAGCGAGUUUGAUUCAAACCUCGACGUGAAUCUACUGCCCAAGCGCUUUGGUAACUCAACCAUGCUGUCUGAGAGCAUACCCAUCGCAGAAUUCCAAGGCCGUCCCUUAGCGGAUCACCCUGCCGUCAAGUAUGGACGUCCACCUGGUGUUCUUAGGGUCCCUCGCGACCCGCUUGAUGCUAGCACUGUAGCUGAAGCCGUAUCCGUCAUUUCUUGUUGGUACGAAGACAAGACAGAAUGGGGAGACAGAGUGGGAUGGAUUUACGGGUCUGUGACAGAGGAUGUGGUGACGGGGUACCGAAUGCAUAACCGUGGAUGGCGUUCAGUGUAUUGCAUAACGAAGAGAGAUGCAUUUCGGGGAUCAGCGCCGAUUAACCUCACUGAUCGACUACACCAGGUGCUGAGAUGGGCGACGGGAUCUGUUGAAAUAUUCUUCUCUAAGAACAACGCAUUCCUUGCGAGUAAGCGCCUGAAGAUUCUCCAACGUUUCGCUUACCUCAACGUUGGCAUCUACCCCUUCACCUCCAUCUUCCUCGUUGUCUAUUGCUUCCUCCCCGCACUCUCUCUCUUCUCGGGAUACUUCAUUGUCCAAACGCUUAGCAUUGCCUUCUUGAUCUACUUGCUCAUCAUUACCAUAUGCCUCGUCAUGCUGGCCAUUCUGGAGGUUAAAUGGUCUGGCGUCGAGUUGGAGCAGUGGUGGAGGAACGAACAGUUUUGGCUCAUUUCUGGAACCAGUGCUCACUUGGCUGCUGUCGUGCAAGGUCUCCUUAAGGUGAUUGCUGGUAUUGAGAUUUCUUUUACCUUGACGUCCAAAUCAAGCGGGGAAGACGACGAUGACAUUUUUGCAGAUUUGUACAUAGUCAAGUGGAGCUCCUUGAUGGUUCCGCCAAUUGUUAUUGCUAUGAUGAACAUAAUCGCCAUCGCUGUUGCGUUUUCCAGAACCAUUUACAGCGCAAACCCACAGUGGAGUAAGUUCAUAGGAGGAGGAUUCUUCAGUUUCUGGGUGCUUGCUCAUUUGUACCCGUUUGCCAAAGGGUUGAUGGGGAGGAGAGGCAAGACGCCCACUAUUGUGUUUGUGUGGUCAGGUCUCAUUGCAAUUACGCUUUCUUUGCUUUGGGUUUCCAUUAGUCCACCAAAGGGCUCCGAUGGACAAGGUACAGGGGGAGAUUUUCAAUUUCCAUGAAGGCUGGGGUUCGCUGCUUUUAGUUUCUCUUAUCAUAAGCAACACUAAUGUAUCUUUGUAUCGCUUGUCUUGAGUACAUAAAUAGGAAACUAAAUUAGUUUUAAAAGGUUAGAGUCAUGUACGCAAAACUAUUAAUUAGUUUUUACAUCAUAAUUAUUGUGCAUUUUGAACUUCA